GGGGAGGGGGGAACCCGGCGUCGCGCAGUCAGCUGAUAGCCACCGUCCGGCGCAGAGCGAUCCCUGCGCAGCCUCGCCAUCUCGCUCAGAGGGUUGGCCGGCAUGACGACAGCGAACCACGUGGCGUCGCGGAGGCGCACGGAGCCUCCAGACGGAGGCUGGGGCUGGAUGGUCGCCGCUGGAGUCGCCAUCACAAACAUGACCAACCAGUCCAUCAUCUCCGUGUUCGGCCUGCUGUUCGCGGACACGCUGCAGAACAUGGGCUACGCCACCACCGGAGCUGCUUUCAUCACCAACAUCAUGGGCGCCGUCACCAACUUCUCAGGGUUGGUGACCGGGCCUGUAAUUCGCAGGUACUCCUACAGGAAAGGAGCUCUCGUCGGCGGGCUGCUCACCGCGAGCGGCAUGGUGCUCACCAGUGAGGUCACCUCCAUCUGGCACAUGAUCUUCAGCUACAGCUUCCUCACGGGUCUCGGACUGGGCUUCCUGGCGCCCUGCACCUUCGUGGCGGUGAACACGUACUUCACGACGAAGAAGGGUCGCGCGGUGGGGCUCUCGCUGGCCGGCACAGGGAUGGGACAGAUGCUGUACCCGCAGCUGGUCACCUUCCUGCUGGGCUACUACGGCUUCAGCGGCACGGUGCUGCUGCUGGGAGGUCUGUCCUUGCACGCGCUGGUGGGGGUUGCGCUCUUCCAGCCGGUGGAGCGCCACCUCAAGGUGCCGCAGGACGCGGAGGUGGACCUGCUGUCCGUGGAGGAGAAGCCACCGCUGCCUGCUGUCCACACGCCGGCCUUCAAGAUGAGGAGGAACGUGUCGAGCGUGUCUCUGGCCAGCGUCUGCAGCACCGAGAUGGGGGAUGUCGUCAUCGACGACGACCACGGCAAGACGAAUGGCGGCGCCGGCAGCGAGGGCGCGCUGUCCUCGUGCUGGGAGCGCGUGGUGCACAUGAUGGACCUGGAUCUGCUCCGGGACCCGGUGUUCGUGAACCUGGUGGUGGGUCUGGCCAUGGCCACGGCCGCCGGCAUCAACUUCCACAUGAUGUUCCCCUUGCACCUGCACAUGGCGGCGGGAUUCUCGCUGAGCGACACAGCCUCCUGCAUGUCCACGCUGGCCGUGUUCGACAUCGUGUCGCGGCUCGCCGUGCCGCAGGUGACGGACCGCCUGCGUGCCAGCAGCCGCGUCACCUUCCUGGCGGCGGCGCUGCUGCUCGUCGCCACGCGCUCCGCGCUGGCCGAGGUGCGCGACUACACGACCAUCCUGGCGGUGUCCGCCGCGUGCGGCUUCGUGCGGGGGGUCACCGUGGUCAACCUCAACCUCGCCAUCUCCGAGAACUGCCCCAAGGAGAAGCUGCCCGCCGCCCUGGGCAUCAGCAUGGUGCUCAAAGGCACCUUCAUCCUGACGUUCGGCCCGCUGCUGGGGAUCCUGAGGGACAAGACUGGCAGCUUCCCCAUCUGCAUCCACAUCCUGUCGGCGAUGAUCCUGGUGCCGAUGCUGUGCUGGAUCGCCGAGAUGGUCAUCACCCGUUCCAGGAGGUGACACUGCCUCCUCGUCCGUCAAGGACUCUUCAUCCGCGCACCGGCAGUCCAUUCCUGCGUGGACUCAUGGCGCUCAGCGGUGCGGAAAGGGACUUUCAAUUUUUUGCCUCGGCGCUUUCUACCGCGGUGCGGGGACUACUACUCUGCACAGGAAAAAAAUCCAUCUGCACUUUAACAAAAAAAAAAAAAUUCUUUGGUAACCAAUGACCGAGAAAUAGUUUGUAGUACUACGAGAAAGGUAUUGUAAAUUUGUACAGCACAUGGCUAGGGUUAUUUUUACAUAAUUGAAAUACUUUUUUUUUCGAGAUAUUACUGAGUAUUUCUUAGGAAAAUUGGCGCAGUAUUGUGUAUUUGAAUUCAUGUUUCAUUCAGGCACAAUUGUUAUAAACCAAGGAAAAGAUAAUCUAGUAUUAAACAAUGUGACAAUUUUUUUUUGUUGUGUCAUGCUUAUUAUGUGCGCAAUUAAUACUGGAAAGGUUUUCAGGAAACGGUUAACAAAUAACUUUAACUAUUGGAGUUACUGGGACAACAAAAACCAUAAAUGCCCGAGUAAGAAUCUGAACGCAGUAUUACUGCAAAAACUAUUUUGUAGUGAUUCAGUUGUUUUCAUUUAAAUGUAAAAAUUUACAAAUAUCUGUAAUUAUACUUGAAUAUUUAUGUCAUACAAGUCAUUACUGAAGUCUGUGUCACGUGACUUGUCUGAAAUUUAACAGUUCUCGAAGAGAAGAAACUAUGGAACCCCAUUUCCAAAAUGUCACUUUCAAAGCAAAAUAUGAUGUUUGUAUACGAAUACUCGGCACCACAGGGAUUCGCUUACAAAAAACGGUCCACAGAAAUACAGGGGCAAGCAAUACUGCUUGUGAUUACUGUCAAAUUUAAGAGAAGUUACAUGUCACAGGCUAUAUUACGUAAUCAAGCGUCAGAAAUUGUUUGGUUUUUAGUGACCAUCAAAAGACUCAUAUUUGUUGAUGAUGAUUUAUCUCCGUAAAGUUUGACUGUUUGAAUUAAAUAUUCUUUGCUUAUGUAUUAUAAAUAUACUUUCUUACCAGCUCUUAAAUACCCCAAAGAGAUCGCAGGUGUUUCUUUGUCUGAAAAUAAACUACGUUUAAAGUAUUUUUCCAAUUAAAAUAGCAAGAAUGAGUUUCAGAUAUUUAAAAAAUUUCAUCACCCAAAAUAUUUUCUUGAUAAGUCUUAAUUUCUUCUCAUAGGGUAUGUAUAUCUGUUGAGAUGAUAUAUUUAUUUCAAUUAAAUAUAUUUUUCAUUAACAAUUAUAUAAAAAGUUCUUAUAGCUCCGAGUGUCACUAUUUUAUAAAACAAAGUUUCAUUAUAUUGAAGAGUCUUAAAUUAGUAACUGUAGACGUAAUGAUUUUACUCAAAAGACUGAAAAAUAAAAUAACUAGAUAAAACCAUAACAAUUUCUAGAAACAUUAAAUUUUUCCGUAAGUUAAUAAAUUCGUUUCAUUAAUUAAAUAUUACUGAAAUAUGGCUGUGACCGGGAAAUAACUUCAACUACUUAGUUUUGAAUACUGACAGAUUUUUUCACAGGGCUACGAUAAAAAUCCCUUAUGUAUGUGUGUGUAUAUAUAAUAUAUAAUAGUAAUAUUUUUCUUGGAUAAUUUUUUUUUGUCCUAUUACCCCCAAAAGUAUCGGAGCUUGGAUUAGAUGUGAUUAUACAGUUUUUAGUAUAAAUAUACUGUAUGAAAACAUUUUAGGUGUUAAUUUGAGGGAAGCGGACACUUAAAUUCUGUAGUGAUGCUAGUACUAUCACAACCAUUUCGUGGCUCUCCAUUUUAAAUACGUCUAUGUAGCAUGACUUUAGUUUGAGGGGAUUAUUGAAUGAUGUUAUGAAUGUGGUGACGGAUAUUUACAUCAUUAUUAUUUACAUGUGAUGACACUAAAUGUUGUUCACAGUUCACGACAUAAAGCUACUCAGUUAUUGACUUACAAACAUUUCACUUUCAGGCCUUAUAGCAAUGUCCAUUUUAGUUUAGAGGGAUGUGGGCUUAUACUAACAAUAUAAAAUCUCAAAAUCCUUUAUAAUAAUGUAAGAGAGUAAAUAUUUUUUUACAUUUUUAAAGUGAUUUAUAUCUUAGAACAUAUUUUAAUGUACCUAAUUUGGGAAACUUGCAAUUCAGUAUUACAAGAAAUACAAGAACUUCGUCAUGCUAAGUCAUGCUGUACGUAAAAUUAAAUAGUACCCACCCCUUCGCAUGAGUAUAAUAAACACUUUAAAGUUAAAUAUUUUCGUAUAUUAUUUACUAUCCGUUGAUAUCUAGUCUACCAUUGACGGGUUACUCUUAUUUAAUAAUUUCAUUUCCUGUGAGACAACCAUACACUUUUUGAUUGUGUAGGUUUUCAAUUUUAUUAUAAACAAGUCACAGACAGUUGGUUAGAGUUUAGUGUUAGAUUAUAAAACAUUUACACGGGGCUUGAAAUAUCUUCAACAUCUAUGUUCUUUGAAGUAAAUAUGACGAAACUAGUAAAACGCAUGCAAAUGUGCACAUCUGUGUUGGUAAAUGUUAUUUUUUAACAACACUUGUCGGCCUCUGGGAUCAAACCCAGGUAUUUUCCGGCAAUAAUAUUUUUAUUACUUGCUAAUUUUGUCUUCAUAUCCGAUUUUUCGUUGAGUAUAAACAGGCAUUUCGACUGUAAGAACCCUUUUACGUUACGACCUGAAGUAACAUGUUCUACAAAUGACUGGUAUUACUUACUACACGAGCAUGUAAAAUUACCUGCAAAGUCUUAAAUUGUGUCUUUUUUUUCCUAUUUCGGUCUACGUAAAAUUAAAGAAAAAGAAAAAUGUUAUGUUUCUAUUUUUAUUAGUUUCCCUAUGACUGAUAUAUUUGACUUAUCAUAACUGAUAUUUGAUCAAAGGUUAUUCCUACAAGGUUGGAGGCCUAAUAGUAAAAAAAAACUGUUCUUUGAUUGCUAGGAAAGCAAGAGAAAUUAACGAAGUAAAGAAAAUACGAGAUGUGCAAACUCGCAUCCACGCUCACGUUAUUAUUUUGGUUUUUAUCAUAAACUUAGAGCCUUCCUAUUUAAUUUGUUACGUCAAAACCCAGAAAUAAUACAUUUAUAGUCUACUGAUCUCGCCAAAAUAGCAGUCAUACCCUGAAAAAUUUGGAAGGUAUGUAAGGAACUGUAAAAAACUUUGUUUAAAAGAGUGUAAGCCUACAUCAUCAGUGUCAAUGUAUUUUACAAGUGUACUGAUAUAUACUUGUUAUUUACAUAGCUUUAUUUAACCGAGUAGUAAACCUCAUAUUCUAUAUCAUACAUUAUAACUUACUUAUUACUUGAGUAUUUUAAUUAGAACUGACAGAAUGCAAAUACAGUUGUAGCGAUGCUAGGUACAACUUAAAAAUGGUUUUUAAGUUUAAAGUUUGUUAAAAGUCUGGUAUCCAACCAUGUGUUCAAAGGCUCUUAGCUAAAGAGUAAUUAUGAUGAUGACAAAAGAACUGGAGUGCAAGUUAUUAUAUAUAUUCAGUAGUUUCAUAAUUAUUUUUUGUAAUUUGUCAUGUAUGAAAUUAUUUAUGGCUGUAAAUAGCAAAUAAAAUGUCUUUGUUUAAUUUAGUAUAAUUCUUAAAAUUGUAUUGUAAUCCAUUUGGUCACUUUUUUAUGGCUUGCUCUGAUUCUAUGUAAUAUUCUUGUGUGAAAGCAUUUGUUAUAUUUAAACGAAGGCCCGUAUUAUUACCGAACUAGACAUAACUCUCAUAGUAUGUCCACAUUUUAAGUCUCAAUGAAACAUUGGCUGGAAGCUUCAUGUCUUGCAGAGCAACCAUUUAAACUUUAAAAAAGAGUCUUUUAAUUAAUUAUGCCAAAAUAAUAAAUUUUCUGAAAUGAAAAACACUUUGCUUGAGGAACAAGAAAGCUCUGUAUGCUCUACGCAAGGUAUUAUUUUUGCAUCGUCAAGCUGACAGCAUUCGACAGCAUUCACGUGGUAUAUCUUUCAAGAGCUCGCUUACUGAAUGUUGCAAGUACUGCAGGUACCUACACUGUAAAAAAUAUAAUUUUACACAAAAUAAAUGUGGCAGCAGAGCCUCUAAAAAGCAGUAGGUGUAAUUUUACACUGACAAGUGUUGAUGUAAUAUUUUAAAUUGUGUUCAAGUAAUAAUAAUAAUAUAAAAAUGUAAAAGUACGCCUGAUAUGUUUUGGUAAAUAUGUCCAAACGUUUGGUGUAUUAUUACUCUGAGAUACUUAAAUUUACACAUGCAUGCAUGCAUAUGUAUUUCUACUACAGUAGUCAGAUAAUUUCACUGCAUUUUUGAGUAAAAUUAAACUAACAAUUAAUAUGUUUAUUUGUACUACUUCCCAAUUAUAUAUUUUUGUAACUUAUAACUGUUAAUAAAGAAUGUGUAUUUUCAA